GCCGUUCCGGGUGCGUAGGUAGCGACGCGCGAUAGCCUUCGGGAACAGCCAAUGAGCGCUUCGCCCGCUCAGGUUUGGAAACCGGACUGAAACGUCGGGGCUCCGUCGGCUGCUGGAGCGGAAGGGAUAAAAGGAAGAAAGAGGGCGGUCGUCAUGGCCGAGAAGUUUGCGGAGAACAGAUCUCCAUGCAAACAAGAUGCAUCUCCAAACAACUUGCUGAGUUCUGAAGAUGCCAAGGAGCAACUCAUAGAAGAGUGUGAAGAAAUAUGGAAGCAAAUAGAAGAGUUUCAGAACAAGAUAACACUUCAAGAAGUAGAAACUCUUCCAGAUUCAGAUCCCAAGGUCUCACUGUUAAUGAAGCGGAUGAAAGCUCUUGCUGCAGAAUCCAGCCAGUGGCAGACAAGAAUGCCAGAAAUAAUUACCACAAAUCCAGAUGUUCUGGAAGCAUUAGGAAGAGAACAGUUGCAGAGAUUAGGCCAUGAUCUUGCAAUGAUGCAAUCUACAGUUCAUUCAAAGAACAAAAAACUGAAGCAAGACUUGACACGGGAACAGCAAUGGCUGGAGGAACAGCAACAGUUAAUAGACUGUCUUAAUCAAACAGAGGAAGAAAUUAGUAAUCAGGUUGUACAUUUUUCUGAGAAAAGAGCCUUUCAGGAACUGAAAAGUAAAAUGCUGAAGAUAAAAGCCUAUAAAGAAGAGAUCCUGAAUGCUUUGGGGGAGUUCCUUGAAGAACACUUCCCUCUCCCUGAUGAUAGAAGUACAAAAAAGAAGAGGGGUUCCUCUGAAAAGCCAGCUGUACAGAUAAUAACAUUACAUGAAAUUUUAGAGAGCCUUAUACAUAAACUCAUAAAUACAUCACAUGAUCCAUAUAUAACAAUAAGUGAUUCAUUUUGGUCACCAUAUAUUGAACUUCUCCUGCGAUACGGAAUUGCAUUAAGACAUCCAGAAGAUCCAAACAGAAUACGCCUAGAAAACUUCCACCAAUAAGAUAUGUUAACACUGAGCUACUACAUGAUCAGUAAAUAGUUAACUUGGAGUAUAAAUGCUCCCUUCUGCCAAGAUGAUAUUAUUUACUAAAGUUUCAUAGCUUCCUUGCAGGUUCUUAUAAUGCCUUUGUAUUGCAGGCUCUACAGAAGUGUAUUUUAAUGUGAGAUUAAAUGUGAGAUUGUGGCUCUUAUAAUGUUCCUUUAGCUACUAUUUGUAGAUAAGACUUAUAUUCUAAAAAUUUUCAGAUUGUGAAAAUAAGAGAUCAACUCAAAUUAAAGGACUUUUUAAAAAGACCA